UUAGAAGCGGAAGAGGUAGAUGAUAUAGAAUCUGAGUCGGAAGAUGAAGACAAAAUUUAUAAUCCUCUGAAAUUGCCUCUUGGAUGGGAUGGUAAACCAAUUCCAUACUGGCUCUAUAAGUUACACGGACUUGGGGUCGAAUAUCCAUGCGAAAUAUGUGGCAAUUAUGUUUACAUGGGCAGAAAAGCUUUUGAUAGGCAUUUUCAGGAAUGGAGGCACGCGCAUGGUAUGAGAUGUUUGGGUAUACCAAACACGCGACAUUUCCAUGAAAUAACAUUGAUAGAAGACGCAUAUGCUCUAUGGGAAAAAUUGAAAAGUACCGGUAAAACAGACGAAUUCAAACCGGAUACGAUGGAGGAAUUUGAAGAUCAGGAUGGAAAUGUCUUCAAUAAGAAGACUUAUGACGACUUGAAAAGACAAGG